UUUGGUUUUUUUUUUUCAUUUGGAUAGAAAAUGAGGAGGCUACAGAGGAAGAAAAAGAAGCACAAGCUGAACUUGAACGAUUAAGAGAUAUUCAAGAACGUGAUGAGCUUGCUGAACGUUUAAAAGAAAAAGAUAAGAAUCGUACAAAACGAAUUGUCGAAGAUCGAUCUGGCAAAGAAGGCAGUGAGGCAGCGAAACGACGUAACCUAGCCGACGAUAAACAGGCACGUCAAGCCGCUCUUCCUGAACUAAGGAAACGAUCCAACCAAAAAUACCUCAAGAUGCGUGAAGAGCAAAAGAUUGCUCUUUUAGAGCAAGAAAUUGCCGACGACCGAAGAUUCUUUGCCGGCCAAAAGUUGACGAGACGAGAAAGAAAAGAAUUAGAAUAUAAAGAGGAAUUGCUGAGACUCGCUAAAGCAAGACGACAGAUCGAUACCCAAGAGGAAGGGUAUGUUAUGCCCGAAGACUAUAUUACGGAAAAGGGCAAGAUUGACAGAAAGAAGAAGGAGAGUGCAUUGUAUAAACGAUACGAAGAGGAUGAAAAAUUUGAAUCGGAACAGGACGUAUGGGAACGAUCGCAAAUCCAGAAAGCAACAGCAGCAGGAAAAGGCGGAUCAAAACAACCAGAGGACGACUAUGAUUAUGUGUUUGACGAGGAUCAAAAGAUCGAUUUCGUUUUAUCAGCCAAAUUAAAUGAACCCGAUGCACGCGAUCAAGAAUUGUUAGAGCAAAUGGAUGCAGCUGAAAGAAAGGCAAAGUCGAUUGACGAAAUUCGGAAAUCAUUACCCAUCUAUGAGUACCGAGACAAGUUGCUGGAUGCUAUCGAUCAAUAUCAAGUAUUGAUCAUCGUCGGCGAGACGGGUUCAGGAAAGACGACUCAGCUGCCUCAGUAUCUGUAUGAACAUGGGUUUACAAAGGGCGGUAAAAAGAUUGGCUGUACGCAACCGCGUCGUGUGGCUGCUAUGAGUGUGGCGGCGCGUGUUGCUGAAGAAAUGGGUGUGCUGCUGGGCCAAGAAGUGGGUUAUAGUAUUCGUUUUGAAGACUGUACAUCUGAAAAGACAUGCGUGAAAUACAUGACAGAUGGUAUGCUGCUGCGUGAAUUUAUGACAGAACCCGAUCUUGCCUCUUACAGCUGCAUGAUCAUUGACGAAGCGCACGAAAGAACACUUUCCACCGAUAUUCUGUUUGGUUUAAUCAAGGACAUUGCACGAUUCCGGCCUGAUUUGAAGUUAUUGAUCUCUAGUGCCACCAUGAACGCUCAAAAGUUCUCAGAGUAUUUUGAUGAUGCGCCUAUCUUCAACAUUCCUGGUCGACCCUAUCCAGUAGAGAUUUACUAUACCAAAGCACCCGAGGCAAAUUAUUUGCGUGCAGCCAUCACUCAAGUACUCACUAUUCAUGUUACCCAAGGUCCUGGCGAUAUUUUAGUAUUUUUGACGGUGAGUGACUUGAUUCUCUUCUCUUGCAGAGCGUCGUACAUAGGGAGUACUAACAACGCACACAAUACACCUACUUGUUGCGAUAUGGAAUGUAGGGUCAAGAUGAAAUUGAAGCAGCGCAGGAAGGUCUGCAGCAAGCUUGUAAAGCCUUAGGAAGUAAAAUAGCGGAACUCAUGGUAUGUCCUAUUUAUGCGAAUUUACCAUCCGAACAGCAAUCUCGCAUCUUUGAGCCAACACCGGAAGGAGCACGUAAGGUUAUUUUGGCUACCAACAUUGCCGAAACCUCCAUCACGGUGGAAGGCGUCAAGUUUGUCAUUGAUCCUGGGUUCAACAAACAAAAGACAUUCAACCCACGUACGGGUAUGGAAGCGCUUACUGUUGUGCCCUGUUCUAGAGCUUCUGCUACACAGCGUGCGGGUCGCGCAGGACGAACAGGGCCAGGUAAAUGCUUCCGUUUGUUUACUCAGUGGGCGUUUUAUAACGAAAUGGAAGAAAAUACUACACCAGAAAUCCAACGAGUCAAUUUAUCGAAUGUUGUUCUUCUAUUAAAGGUGAGAUAAAAACA